AUGCAAACGGAAAAAGUAAUUGCACAUAUAAUAAAUUGGCUUAAUGAUUAUCAUAAAACUAGUCAUACGAAUGGUUUUGUUGUCGGUGUAUCAGGUGGAAUAGAUUCUGCUGUUGUAUCAACAUUAUGUGCUCGUACCGGUUUGCCUGUACUUGUCAUCGAGAUGCCAAUUCGACAAUCAUCAAGCGAAGUACAAAGAAGUCGAGCACAUAUUAAUUGGCUUCAAACAACUUUUCCCAAUGUGACGGGUACAGAAGUUAAUUUAACUGAAGUUUUCGAAACAUUUGAAAACACAGUUAAAAAAAGUGAAGUUAAUGAAGUUAAUUCGUCGACUGAUAUUGCAUUUGCUAAUGUGAGGUCACGUUUGAGAAUGGUUAAUUUAUAUUAUUAUGCGUCAAUUAAAGGUUAUCUUGUUGCAGGUACGGGAAAUAAAGUCGAAGAUUUUGGUGUUGGCUUCUUUACAAAAUACGGUGAUGGUGGUGUUGAUAUUAGUCCAAUAGCUGAUUUAAUGAAAUCUGAAGUACGUGCUGUUGCUACUGUAUUAGGCGUUGGACAAGAGAUAAUCAAGGCACCACCAACUGAUGGUUUAUUUGGUGAUACAAGAACAGAUGAAGAUCAAAUAGGAGCGACAUACGAUGAACUUGAAUGGGCCAUGAAUUAUCUUGAGUUAAGUACUGAAAAACAAGGAGAAAUCACAUUUAGUGAUCGACAAAAACAAGUUUUAGAUAUUUAUAAUAAGCGACACGCUGCUAAUUUACAUAAAAUGGUUGAGAUCCCACGUUGUAUUAUCCCAACAGAGUUAAAAGCCAAACAAUCGUAA